AUGUCUGGCUUGGAUAUGCUGCCUUCAUCCCGGAGCAGCAGUGCGGCCCUUCCCACUUCUCCUACAGCUGCAUCAUCGCCGGGCCGGACGAGCAGCAAACCCAAGGGCCAACCAUCCAUCACACCUCGACGCUUCACGAGGUUCUUUACUCCCAUCACAUCACGUUCAUCCACAAACUCAAAGUCCAACAAGAGACUCAAAGACAUCACCAAGAACGCCGUCAAUCAAGUCAAGUUCAAUGGCUUUCACGACCUCCCCCAAUUCGAGACGCCACGAAAGAAGAGAAAGAUCCUACCCACUCCCGAAAGCUCGCCUGUCCAGCCNACUCGACUCCUCACCCUUGAGGCCCUCAGCUACCAUCCCUCAAACCUCUCACACCAUCAGGAUUACGAUUUUGAUGCCUCGGACAUUGAAGAAGAGGACGAAGAUGAAGACGAGGAAGAAAAGCAUAUUCCUAUACCCAUCACACGUCUGCGAAACACUGGGACAAGCAGCCGUAUCUUGCAACGAAGCUUUGGCGGUUCGAGGACCAUUGGUCGUGGCAGGAUAUUCGACCACUGUGUUCCUGACUGGCAAGCCCAGACUGCCGACUUCUACACCCGACCUGAAGAUUGCCAUAGCUACCGUGGCGACGCCUUGCCUUUCUGUGUGACUCGAUGCAAUACCAACUCUCUCGUCGCUAUCGGUGAUGAAGAGGGUGGUGUGAGGCUCAUAGACUCGGCUUUCUCGGACAACUCCUUCUCUCAACACCAUGUUAGCUUCAAGCCUCAUCGUAAUGCCAUCAUGGACAUGGCCUUUUCCUCCGACGACUACUUGUUCGCCACAGGCUCGGGUGAUCAGACUGCUCGUAUCGUUGACAUGCACACUCAGCAAACACGCUUCAUCAUGCGCAGCCACACAUCGUCCGUGAAGCAAGUUCGUUUUCAGCCUGGCAACGACAGCAUCGUCGCUACCUCAAGUCGCGACGGCAGUGUCAUGAUCUGGGACUUGCGUUGUCGCGGUCAGGAUGCUCCCGUCGCAGACUUUGCUGUCAGCUUCGAGACUGGUAACGGCAUGGCAAAUGUCCCUCGACCUCAUAGCAACACCGUCACAUAUGCUCCGUGUGUCAACAGCAUGCGCGACGCCCACGGCUUGCAGCACGAGCGUUCAGACGUCUCCAUCACCGCCUUGUCCUUCCUGCCUGACUCGCGCUCUCAUCUGCUUCUCACUGCAACAGAAGCCAAUGCCAGCAUCAAGCUGUGGGAUCUUCGCGGCAAGUACACAUCUCGCCGAGGUGGUCCUUCGCGUCUCAGUUCAGUCCCCGUGUCGAGCACCCGUGAGCCAGAGGCCCAUAUCAAGCACCGUCAAUUCGGCAUUAGUAGCCUGUCAUUGAGUGGUGAUGGUAGCCGCUUCUACGCACUGUGUCGCGAUAGCACUGUUUAUGCUUACUCGACGAACCAUCUCAUCUUGGGCUCCGCUCCCGAGUAUGAAGCAUCUACCAACACCCAAGCCUCAAAAUGGUUCCGACCACGACAGGGCCUCACCGGUAUUGGACCCUUGUACGGUUUCCGCCACCCCAUGUUUAAGUCGACUUCCUUCUAUGUCAAGUCCGCUCUUCGCCCUGCUACUUUGUCCCAGCCCGAGAUGCUUGCUGUCGGUAGUCGUGAAGGUUGUGCCGUUUUGUUUCCCACGGAUGAGUCUCUCCUGAAGAAGCAACCUCAACAGCCCAACUCAGGCACUUCUACUCCUGUUGGUGAUCGCGAUGAGGCCUCCGGUGUCCGUUCACGAAUGGGAUCCAUCGGCAAGCACCAAGAUACGUCGCUGCCGAUCUACACUCAGGGUACCGCGUUGAUUCGAGCUCACGGCACUUCCGAGGUCACAAGCUUGACAUGGAGCACUGAAGGUGAACUCAUCACACUGGGCGAUAAUUUCACAGCAAGAUGCUGGCGGGAGAAGGAUCGCAAUGCCGCAAGAGACAUGAGAAUAUGCGGUGAGGGCCAAGGCGCUCGUUGGGGUUGGGGAUGGGCGGAUGUUGAAGGAUACGAUGAGGAGGAAGGUUGA